AUGACUGUUAUUUCUCCUCAAGAAGUGGCUCAACAUAAUACCAAAGAUGAUAUCUGGGUCAUUAUUCAUGGCAAAGUGUACGAUCUUACUCAGUUUUUGCCUGAACAUCCUGGUGGACAAAAAAUCAUUCUGAAAUAUGCAGGCAAGGAUGCCACCAGUGCCUUCGAACCUAUCCAUCCCUCUGAUAUCAUUCAACGCUUUUUAUCGCCUGAUGUCUGUAAGGGGUCUGUAGACGCUGAAGCACUUGCCAAACAACCCAAGGUAGAGACUGAAGAAGAAAAGCGUGUUCGACUAGCAAGAGAGCAUAUGCCUAAAUUGCAUGAAAUGUUUAACUCGUUUGAUUUUGAAACGGUAGCAAAAUCAGUCCUAAAAUCAGAAGCAUGGGCGUAUUAUUCUUCAGGUGCAGACGAUGAAAUUACAAUGCGCGAAAAUCAUAAUGCAUUUCAUCGUAUUUGGCUUCGUCCUCGUGUGAUGGUCAAUGUCAAACAUGUAGAUGCUUCUACAACCAUGCUGGGUACUCGCGCUUCAAUGCCAAUCUACAUUACAGCCACUGCUUUGGCCAAGUUGGGUCAUCCUGAAGGUGAAGUUGCCUUGACCAAAGGAGCCAAGAAGGGCAACAUCAUCCAAAUGAUUUCUACACUCGCUUCCUGUUCUUUUGAUGAGAUUGUGGAUGCUGCUGGUUCCGGUCAAACACAAUGGCUUCAAUUGUAUGUGAAUGGCAAUAGAGAAGUCACCGAAAAAUUUGUACGUCACCGUGAGAAAGAUAUGCGUCAGAAGUAUUCUGAAGAAGAACCUGAUGAACUUGCUCGUAACGACACUGAAAUCAAUCGAGACCAAGGUGCUGCUAGAGCCAUUAGCAGUUUUAUCGACCCUUCACUUUGUUGGGAUGAUGUUGCAUGGCUCAAGAGCAUUACUAAAAUGCCUGUUUUGAUUAAGGGUGUUCAAACACCUGAAGAUGCUGUCUUGGCUGCUAAAUAUGGAUGUCAAGGCGUUGUGCUUUCAAAUCAUGGUGGAAGACAAUUAGAUUUUGCUCCUUCUGCUAUUGAAAUCUUGGCAGAAACCAUGGAGGCAUUGAGAAAAGAGAAAUUAGACAAAGAUUUUGAGGUUUAUAUCGAUGGUGGUAUUCGUCGUGGCACAGACAUUUUCAAGGCUAUUGCUUUGGGUGCAAAAGGUGUUGGUAUUGGACGUCCUUUCUUGUAUGCCAUGUCUACUUAUGGUGUUGCAGGUGUAGAAAGACUAGUGGAGUUGUUACAGGAUGAAUUUGAAAUGGUGAUGCGUCUUAUGGGUGUUACUCGUAUUGCCGACAUCAAGCCUGAAAUGGUAGAUAUUCGUAAUAUCAAAGAUCAUUUUGUAUCAAAUCCAGUUGAUCAUCUAUUUAACUCUGCUUAUGAAAGAAUGCAGCCUAGAGGUCAACUAUCGAAGCUAUAG